AUGAAUAAAUAUACAAUAAUUUUAAUAUUAUUGUUUUUAAAUACAUUAUCAAUAUGCUUUGGUCAAAUUUCACCCGCCAUUAUGUGUUUCAAUGAUCCAUCAAUUGUUGCAAUUGGAUCCACUUGUAAUACAACAGGAGAUUCCUGUGCUUUUAAUUCCUAUUGCAAUGGGGCUCCAAUUGGCAAAUGUACUCAAUCUUUGUCCAAGGGUGAUUCAUGUACUUCAAAUAUCCAAUGUUCUCCAUAUCAAUGUGUUAAUGGUGUUUGUGGUAAUAAUCAUUUUUCCAUUGCAGGUCAAGGAUGUAGUGUAGAUUCAGAUUGUUGGGCAAGUCCAAUUCCAGGUCAAGAGGCAUUAUUAACAUGUAGUUCAAAUAUUUGCACAUUAAUUGCUAAUAAACAAUGCAAAUCACCAUCAGAUUGUAAAUUUAAUGAAAAUUGUGUUUCUAAAGGUGGAGUAAACUCUUGUGUUGCCACUAGUGGAAUUAAUGGUGCUUGUUCAAAUAGAUAUGAUUGUAAUGUAAAUCUUGUUUGUUCAUAUCAAUCUGAUAGUUCCACUUCAAAAACUUGUCAAGAACCAUGGACUAAAAAAUUAAAUGAAAAAUGUGAUAACUCUCCUGAUGCUCAAAGAAUUCCAUUUUUCUAUGAUUGUGAUAUUGGUUCAAAUUUAUAUUGUGGUAGUCAAGGAAAAUGUGUUUUAAAUACACCAAGUGGAACAUGUUCACAAUGUUCAAAUUCAACAGCAUGUAAAGGUUAUAGUGAUAGUUGCAUUUGUAAUAAUAAUAAUAUCGCAAAAGAUACAAUUAAUGCAAACAAAGUUGGAAUUUGUGUUCCAGAGGUUUUCAUUGAUAGUUCAUGUAAAUCAACAUUUGGUGAUUUAAUUCAAUGUUGUGCAACCUAUUCAUGUCCAAUGAAUCAACAACUAUUAUUCAAUCAAGAUUCGUGUGCAUUCAAAAAUUGUCAACAAUAUGUUUGUAAAAUGAGUAACUGUUUCAGAGCAACUGGUGCUUACAAUAUGUUAAAUUUGGCUCAAACCGCUUGUGGUUCAACUUAUUCAUUACCAAAAGAUUAUACAAAAGAAUGUCCAUUCGAAUUACCAAAACAAUCAGAUAGACCAAAUAAUUCAUCAUCAAUGAUACCUUCAAUAUUUUUCGCUAUAUUUUUUGUUUUAACUAUGAUUAUUCUUUCUUAA